AUGGAAGCUUUUCAAGCCAGCCAGCCUUUGGUUGAUCAGUAUUCAGAAGUGUAUCGAAUGAGCAAUAGUUUCUUGGAUUUUUUAUUUAAGCUUUGUCAUGUUCCGCUUCCUCCGUCUCCUCUUCAAACAGACAGUGUAGAACUGGAUACGUGUAAAAGAAAAAAUUUGGAGUUGGAAAAUUCAUUGAGGGAGAAAAUGAAUAUUAUAACUCAACGAGAUGAACAAUUGAGUGAGUGGCAACAUAAAUUUAAUGUGAAAGAAAGAGAAUUGAUACAAUUACAAACUCAAUGGAAUGAGACCCAAUCAAUAUGGAUGGCCAAAGAAAACCAAUUACAAUCUCAGUUUGAGGAAUUGAAAUCAAUGGUGACACCCCAAGAAGCAGUAUCGGCAUCGGAAGAACCCUAUGUCACUCAUCCAGAGGAGACUUUGGCGUCAAACAUGGUGACCGGUCUUUUUACCCCUCAACCUUUGGAAUAUGUUAAACCAGAUCCAAUUGAAAGUUAUUUGACCGAGUGGCAGGAUAAAACCAAAUUACCAUCUUUGGCCAUUAUGGAGCGACUGGAUAAUGUUGAGCAACAUUUGAUGGAUAAAUCUAUUGAAUUGGAACGACUCUUGGAGAAAUCACCAGACAUUCAACAACAAUUGCAAGAAAAAGAAUACUCGAUUAAUAAUUUAAACAGCGAAAUAAAUGCCUUAAAAGAAGAAACUACCCAAAUAAAUGUUUUAAAAGGACAAAUAAAUAAUUUACAAAGAGAAAUAGAGGGUAAAAAUAUCCUAAUAAAUAAUUUAAAAACAGAAAUAGAAGAUAAAAAUACCCUAAUAAGUACUUUACAAGUUGUGCCUACAGAGCAUUCAACAAUAAAUAUGGACGUGCAAGAACAAUUGUUCGCGAAACGUGACAAACAAUUGGUAACUUCUCCUAUAUUAAAUUAUUGUAAAUCCGAACUACCUCAUGUUGCUUUCAAAGUGACUUGGGAGGAUGAAAUUAUAAAUUAUUUGAAAGACUAUAUAGAUUCAAAGGGAUUUUUGAAAAAUCUUUUUAAUAAAUUGAAUAUAACUCACCUCCCUGAAGAAAAAUUAGCCAAUGCUAUUUCAAACAUGAUUAGCUUUCUAUUAAGUUCUCUUCAAACUGCAAAUGAAAAAGUUGAAUUGAUUCGUUUGAAAAUGUUAUCUUUAAUGGAUGAAAAUUCCCAAUUGCAGGUGGGACAAGUUUCCAAUAUUGAUCAAAAUUUUUUCGUUUGGUUGCAACAAAAAGUGGAAGAAAUGAAAACUCAAUUGAAUACUACCCAAAUGCAAUUUUAUACAGUGCAAAACCAAUUGCUGCAAACUGAUAAAGAUUCUACACAAGUAAUAUCCAUUCAAGAAGUGGAUGACCAUGAAAUGUUAGCAUUACCAUGUUCGUCGACUAAAGAUUAUGAACGUUUACAAAUUGAAAAGGAUGAUUGGAAAAAUAAAUUUCAUACUCAACUGGAAAAGGCGAAACAAAUACAACAGGAUUUGGAUAAAUUUGUAUAUGCGGUUGUAACGCCCAAAGUACCAAAUACUAAUCGAUCCAUCCUAAAUGAGUUUUGA